UGGAAAAAAGUGACAUACGGACGGACAGACAGACAGACAUGACGAAUGGUUCCGUUUUUUGACGAAACAUCUGCCAAUUCUGCCACAAUAAACGAAACAACAAUGUCAACAUCAACAAUAAAAUUACUCACUUCACUUACUUCACUCACACACGACAGACAGGCGCGUAAACUGCGAAUCUUAUAAAAUUUUCCUAUUUUAUUGGAUUUUGACACCGAUUGCACUGUUGGCCAAGAUUAUAAGGCAAUUUUGUUUUUUAAAAUGCAGAUAUAUAUAGACUGUAAAACGGAAAGUGAGAGUGGUGUUCCCGAGUGGGCCAUAGUGGAGCUCCAAGGUCUUAUCCAAAUGAAGAAGGAAUCUCCGACGGGGCCGACUGUCAUUGGCGACCUCCACUUCUACAACCGCAAUAAACAUCCAGUGUUAAUCCUAGGACACCAUGUCCUUAACGGAAAAGAAGUUAAAAUGGAACAGCCCAUGGCGGUCAUUGAAAAAGUUACAGAUGAUUCUAAAACUCAAUAUAAGGUGAAGGCUGUUGUCAAAAAGAAAUUGAUUUUCAAAUCUAGACCUAAACCUAUUAUCUCCAAUGUUGCUGAAAGAGUUUCAUAAUAAAUAACAUGUUUAUAAAA